UGUAGUGGGAGGUUAUGUUAAGAUACGGGGCAUUGUGGUGCUAAAUUAAUUUCGUGCUGCUGUCACAUUGACAGACAGAUGUUUUCUAAAAUGCUUUUUUGCUAAUUAUUUACAUGUAAUAAGAGAAAUCUUGGUAUCACAACUCAGUCAUGGAUAACGGCAACGAUUACGGAAGCGUUCACGAUCCCCCAUCACCGGAGACCUGCAUUCCAAUACCGAGACAUAAUGCAACCAUUAUCACAGAUGUAUAUGCAGGAAUUCCAGAAAAUUUGCUACUCAACGUUAUCGGAUUUUUGAUUUUGGUAUUGAUAUUUGGCUUGCUGCGUAAAAGAGCAUGGAAUUAUGGUAGACUUGCCUUGUUACACAAAUCUGAUAAUCGAUGGACAGAAUUAUUUUAUGGGAAUAACGAUGAUAGAGAGGUCGACAUUAUUGGAGUAGAAGCUUCGGUGAAUUCCCAACUAUCCCACGUUGACAGAGGAUAUCUGUCCUGGAUUGUUACUGCCUUUAGAAUUACGGAUGAAGAGUUACUCAGACGAGCAGGACCAGACGGGUUACUUUAUGUUUCCUUUGAACGUCACUUGAUUCUGUUAACUGCCUUGAUGACAGUUGCAGCUAUCUGCAUAGCGCUACCAAUCAAUUUUCAUGGCGAACUACAAGGUGACAAAGCGACCUUUGGUCAUACCACUAUGUCCAAUAUCGAUCCAACUUCUGGCUGGAUUUGGGUGCACACUCUUCUGGUAUUGUCUUAUCUUCCAGUUGGGGGUUUAGUAAUGAGACGUUUUAUGAAACAGGUAAGAGACGCGAGACCAGCAGGUGAACUUGCAGCGAGAACGCUGCUUAUCACUGAAAUACCAAAAUAUCAAUGCAACGUUGAAGCUCUGACCCAGUACUUUAAAGAAGCAUUCCCUACUCUGACGGUAGAAGAUGUGACUCUAGCACAUGACAUUAAGAGGCUAUCGGAACUAGAUCUUCAGAGAGAUUGUGCAGAGCAGGCAAGGCUCUAUUGUGAAAACUAUGCACGGCGAGGACAUCCUUUAAAACUGUAUCCAUACCCUUGCGGACAAGUUAUUAGCUGCUGUUGUCACACAGUGGAUGCGCAAGAGUUUUAUGCAAUGGAGGAAUUGAAAUUAACUGCGCUAGUGGACGAGGAAAGAAAAGUCGCUUUAGCCAGACCACUGGGUAUAGCAUUCGUUACUUUAGGUACACCCAGUGCUGCAAGAACUAUGAAAAGACAAUUACGACUAUCACCUGCCGUAAAAUGGUCAGUCAAUUAUUCGCCAGCUCCUUCGGAUAUUUUUUGGGAAAAUUUGAGCAUAGCUAGACCUUGCUGGUACCUGAACGCCACAUUAAUUAAUUUAGCACUUGGUAUCAGCUUAUUCUUUCUCACCACACCAGCGGUUAUUGUGACAGCAGUGAACAAAUUGCCGAUCACAGGAGAAAUAAAAGAACUCAGUCCAAUUGUAUCCUCUUUCUUGCCAACUGUACUUUUGGUGAGCAUAGCUGCCUUGAUGCCGGCAUUAGUUGGCAGAAGCGAAGCAUUAGUCAGGCAUUGGACAAGAAGUGGAUUAAAUCGAGCAGUUAUGCGAAAGACUCUACUUUUGCUGCUUCUGAUGGUCCUUAUUCUGCCAAGUCUCGGAUUAACAAGCGCUCAAGCUUUUCUGGAUUGGACAGUAAAUGCAGGGAACAACACUGGCAGAUGGGAAUGCGUAUUUUUGCCUGAUCAGGGUGCCUUAUUCGUAAACUACAUUGUGACGGCGGCGCUUGUUGGAUGCGGUUUGGAACUAGUGAGAUUUCCAGAACUAGCUCUUUACACAUUCAGACUAUGCAUAGCCAGAAGUAGAGCGGAACGUGUCGCAGUCAGGAGAGCUGUACUCUGGGAAUUUCCGCUUGGAGCUCAUUAUGCGUGGCUGCUACUUGUAUUCACUAUGACUACAGUUUACAGUUUGGCAUGCCCCUUAAUAACGCCAUUCGGAUUGUUGUAUCUCUCUGUAAAGCAUUUGGUUGAUAGACACAAUUUAUGUUUUGCCUACGGUCCGUGCGUGGGCGGAGGGCAACUUGCUGGUGCAGCUGCGGCAGCAGCAGGUGCUGCUCCUAUUUUAGCUCAAGCAACUCUCUUAGCUUUAGGUUUAGUGCGUCGAGGUCUUUCUCCGCUUGCCGCAGUUCAACUUAGUGGAUUAGCUGCAAGCAUUUUAGGUCUUGUUACUGGUGCUACAUUGCCUCAAUCUAAAUCAAAGAUACAGGGGCCGAGGGGAGAUUUAGGUGCAGCGCAAAGUUUUGUGCCACCAGUGCUGAGGAUAAAACCGAGGUUACAUAGUCCCGUAGAAACUGCUGUACAAAAUUCUACAACAACUAUAAGUUCAGAUGCAGCAGAGGAUAAUUCAAUUAGCGUUUCGACUGACCCCAACUCAGUUGCUUUGCAAGAAAGUCCAAGGUUGUAUCAAGAUUAUGGAAGAGAGCCAAGGGUGUAAUUUAUUUAAGUUGAAUUGAUGAUCGAAUGAAACCGGUUUUACUCAAAUAAUAUGCGGUAGCUUUACAUUUAAUUUUUGGGCUACGUUAAAGUUCAUUCAUCACACAAUAUCGAAUAAGAAUAUUUUGUUGCAGAUAGAUGAUCAAGGACAGUUUUAAUUAGGCUCGUAUCACUAAAAGGGGGUCUGAAUUGAAGGAAAGUCAAAGUAUAACAUAAUGCCUUAGCUGGCGGCAAAAAUUAGAUCUAUGAUAUUCGUCGCUUCUCAGCACCGUUGCAGGUUAUUAAAUAUUAAAACAAAUGUUUUAUGAAUAGUUUUUACCAAUAUAUUAAAAACAGUUUUUUCUUACCGCAAAGUAUACCUCAAGUCUAUCUACAACAUUGUUUUGUUGUAUAUCGUAUUUGGUCGAUCUGAAUCAAUUGUAAAUAGGUGAUAUCAUCAUUAUUAUUAAUAUUAGUAUUAUUUUAUAUCUACUUCGUGGUGUUAAUAACGACUACCAAGAAUUAUUAAUAUUAAUUGUAUCAUAGAUUUUGAAUUCUCUACCUAUUACCGCAAAGUGUUGCAAUAGCGUAUCGAAAUUCCAUACAAUAAUUAUAUGUUUAUGACAUAUAAACAUCAUAAGCAAAUUGUCAAGUUGGUUAUAAAUUUAUACGACUUAUCAUUUGUAUAUACCAGGUAUAAAUUAUAAUAUAAAACUUUGCGAGCUA